UGCAUCAUGCUGUACUUCCAGCUGGUGAUCAUGGCCGGGACCGUCAUGCUGGCCUACUACUUCGAGUACACCGACACCUUCAGCGUGCACGUGCAGGGCUUUUUCUGCUACGACACGGCGUACACCAAGCCCUACCUGGGACCGGAGGACAGCAGCGCCGUGCCGCCCGUCCUGCUCUACGCCCUGGUGGCCGGGCUGCCCACGCUGCUGAUCACAGUAACGGAGACGGUGCUGUUCCUGGUCCAGUACACGUCCAAAGAGUUCGACCGCUCAGAGAAGACAGUGGCCACGGGGGACUGCUGUUACCUCAACCCGCUGGUGCGCAGGACCUUCCGCUUCCUCGGGGUCUACACCUUCGGCCUUUUCACCGUUGACAUCUUUGUCAAUGCGGGCCAGGUGGUGACAGGAAACCUGGCGCCCUACUUCCUAACGGUCUGUAAGCCCAACUACACGGCACUGGGCUGCCAGCAGGCCCUGCGCUACAUCAGCCACCAGGAGGCCUGCACAGGAAACCAGGACGACAUCCUGCGUGCACGCAAGACCUUCCCAUCCAAGGAGGCUGCCCUCAGUGUCUACGCUGCACUCUACCUGGCUAUGUAUGUGACGUGCACGGUGCAGGCGAAAGGCACCCGUCUGGCCAAACCGGUGCUGUCUCUCGGGCUCAUGUGCCUGGCCUUCCUCACCGGUCUGAACCGCGUGGCUGAAUACCGCAACCAUUGGUCGGACGUCAUCGCCGGCUUCAUCAUCGGCACCUCAAUCGCCACUUUCCUGGUGGUGUGUGUGGUCCAUAACUUCAAAGGCAAGUUGCUGCUGAGCGAGGACUCACCAGAGGAGCAGUCCAACACGGCCAUGCUGAACAUGGGCCGGAUGGAGAGUCCUCUGGAGAAGUACAUCGCCUCACAGAAUCACAUCGCCUUCGCUGAGGUCACAUGACGUGGAGUCGGCCGUCUGGCAGACCCAUUGGACGUCCACGCUCUUCACCGUCCAAUCC